UGAAUUGGAUGCGGUCACUAUAUUGUUUUUAUGAUUAAUUCAUUUAUAAAUAUUCAGCUUUCAGUUCAAUACAAGGAGCUACGUCUGAACAUGUGUGAAGAGGAGAGAAGAUUAAAGGUUCCUGACGUUUGUUAACCUGAAUACAAGCACACGUAAAUAUCUGAAUUGGUAAUAGCUGUCUCAGCGUUUUCAGCCAUAUUUUUUUUAAAAAGCAUACAGUGAACGUCGAAUAAUUUGGUCUCGCGAAGAAAUAUCUUAAAAAUGAAGAUGAGGAUUAGUUUUUCCUUGGCUACUCUCUUAGUCCUGUUGUUAUGCAUGUCUGUGCGAUGUGGUGUCUUUGACGAUGAAGCUACUGUUAGAAAAGCACGCUGUUACGCCAAUUGUAUUACAAUGGUUUCUAAGAUUCCCAUCAAUGAUUCAAGAUGUUUGUCCAGACAGUGCUUGGAGUGUAAAAUACCUUGUGACAAGGAGUUCGUUUCAGUGGAAAACUGCACCCAAAACUGCCCAAAUGCAAGUGUUAACUGCAACCAGAGUUGUACUUUCCUUGGUGUUACUAAAAGCUGGACCAAUAUUUACCAAGGCGAUGGGAGUACUAUUGGAAAACCAGGAGUAGUCCAUAAUACUACCAGGAAUGUCACCACAUUGACGUUGUCAUGGCAACCACCUGUCAAUCGCAGCGGAACAGUUGUUUAUUUGUUGAAAGAGGGAAUGACUGGUGACAAGGUUUUAAAAACACCAACACCGCUUAAAGGGCUCGUGUUUUUAGAGCCAAACGCCAUCAUCACAGCUAAAGAAGUUUGUAGUGUUCAACCUAGAAGCUACAGAUCUAAAUAUGAUGGAAUAAGCUUUUCCUUCAUUGUGGUUGCACUCACUGAAGUCAGUAUUCUCGAAGAAGGACAACAAUCGCCUUUUAUCAGUUUCCAAAAAGCUGAGCCCAUUGCAUCUCUACAUAAUGCUUCUUUGGUUUACAAUCCCAAUGGCUUUGCAGAUAAACUAGAGUUUCGAGUAUGGUUUACACCAACUCCUGGUUCGUCGUUUGUUACCAAAUACGUCGGGCAAUCAAAGAGAACAGGUGGCCAUUGUAAAAAAUUAUAUGUUGAAAGGGAUAAAAUAUCCAAGGAAAAAAAUAUAAACCGUUUCUUAGGAACAUUAUAUCAAGAAACUUUGACCUGCAACAUAUCAUUCACUGCGUAUUCUCUGACUGAAUGUCUUCCCAGUAAACCAAAUAGUAUUGAAUAUUACUACAAAGGCUGUCAUUAUCUACCAAGUAUGAACACGUCAUUCUGUUGUACAUUUGAUCCUCUGCCAACACCUGACAGUGCCAAGGCAGUUCGUAAUCUCACACAUUCACUUCAAACCCAAAGUGACUUCCGGUUCACGGCCAAUAUCACUUGGUUGCCUCCCACACAGCCAUGUCCAGUUGUAACUGAUUAUGAUCUAAGUUAUCCGGUAUUUCGUCCGACAAUACAGCGCUUUUGGCCACAGCGGAUUUUUGAUAUAAUCAAUACUUAUUAUAUCAUGUCGAACAUCGAGCCCAACCUGGAACGAAAUGUCACGAUAACCCCGGAUUUUGGAAGUGAGUUUUAUGAUUUGGGUAUUGCCAGAGUAGUUACUAUCAAGACCCCAGGACUUCCAGUAAAUGAGACAAUCAUUGCAAACAUAGAGCAUCGCAUUCAGACGCCGAUGUCACCUGGAGACAGAUUUAUUCUUAACAUUUCAUGGGUUAAACCCAAGUUCAAAUACAGUAGAAUAGAAGGAUACAAUAUCACCUAUACAGUGUCGGGAGACGUUAAUGCCACAAGGAAUACAACGCAAAAUUUAUGGUAUGAGGUGAGAGGGUUGGACUAUACACAAAAGGUUUCUUACGAGGUUAUACCUGUUUAUCGUGAUCCAUGGAUUUUGACAGAAGCAGCUAAAGGACAAGCGAGUCUACCAGUUCUAGAGAAUGAGAAACUCAUGAUACAAGACUUAGACCAUAGCUUUGUCAAAACAAGCAAUACGUAUCGUCUGUUAUGGAGAUGGUCGCCUCCAUUAUUUCAGAGAAUCGUAUCAUACUACAAAGUGGCUUAUAGAUUAACUGGUUACCCUGACGACAAACUUGAUUGUCCUUCCAAGCCCUCUACCAACAGAAAAUGUCUGGCCAGCAAAACGAUUAGGACAUUUUACAAUAUGAGCAAUAUUCGCCAAAAAGAUCAGAUAGAGAUAACGGUGACACCAGUGUUUGAAAAUACUCACGCUUUUCAAGGGAUACCUAAAACACUUACAACCCGUCCACCAGAAUUAUCUGUGGCAUCAAAAACAUGGACUUCUGGUCAGAUUGCAUUGCUGGUUGUCGGCAUUCUUGUGUUCCUGGCCAUCCUGCUUUUACUUUUGUUACACUUCAUUCGCUGGAAAAAACAAAAAGAUGUCGAGCAUGGCAAAGUUGACAGGCACAAAGGGGUCAUCAUUGAUCACUGGGAAAUGUCUCAUAAUAAUCUUGAACUGAUCGAAGUAAUCGGCGAGGGCGCGUUUGGUAAAGUCUAUAAAGCAAUGAUAUUAGAAUUACCAGACCAAUCAUCGAAAGGUGGUUCUUCAAGUAUGAGCUUUGGACGUAGAAGCAUCAGGAGUAUAAGAUCAAGCAGGGGUGACGAUCCUCUUCUCGUGGCGGUCAAGAUGCUUCACGACUCCUCCGAUGACGAUCAGAGAAAGGACUUCCUGAAAGAGAUUCAGCUGAUGAAAGACGUUGGAUCUCACCGUAACAUCGUCAAUAUGAUCGGCUGUGGUACUAUCAUGGAUCCAAUGUUCCUUAUUGUGGAGUAUUUACCUAAUGGUGACCUACUACACUACCUUAGAAAGAGGCGAGGCAAUGCCAAAGAUUAUCCAGAAAGUGAUUCUCGUGGUCCGAAUCACUCUACCUAUUGUCAGGCAUACUUUAAUAUGAACGGUAUGCCAAGGGAACAGGCAAGACUGGAGCCUGUUAAUAAAGGUUAUUAUGCCAACACCAACUUUAAUGGCGGGUUUCAGGAUGAAAGCGAAGACGGUGGUAUACAACUGGUGUCAGUCCAGAACAUUUCUGGAAAAGAGCCUUCUACCCCUAAAUCUCAUUUGGUCACCCCCGAAGAUGAGGAAUUUGAGGACGAAGUUGUUACGUCCGGGGAUCUAAUGGCCUUUGCCUGGCAAGUGGCUCAGGGAAUGGAAUAUCUUUCUAAGCGUGGAUACGUCCAUCGUGAUCUUGCAGCUCGUAACGUCUUGGUUGGUAACAACAAGCAAGCGAAGAUCGCGGACUUCGGGUUGACUCGUCAUAUGUACGAGUACCUUUACCGAGCAAAGACGAACAGAAGACUUCCCUUGAAGUGGAUGAGCAUUGAAGCAAUCUUUGAUCAAACCUUCACAAGUCAAAGUGACGUAUGGUCAUUUGGAGUUUUACUUUGGGAGAUCGUAACUCUUGGAGGCACACCGUACCCGGCCAAGACAAACAGAGAAUUGUUGAACUUCUUGAAGGAAGGAAAGAGAAUGGAAAAACCAGAUACAUGUGACGACGAAGUAUAUUGCAUGAUGGUGCGCUGUUGGAAAGAAAAGCCCGAAGACCGACCAACUUUUGUUCAAAUUCGUGAAAAAUUUGAGGAAAUGAUGAUGAGAGAUAACCCAUAUUUUGACCCAAGCUCCGUGGACGAGUCACGUGACUACUAUAAUGUUCCAUCAUUCAAUAGUAUCGGAGAAUCAGAAAAUGGUGACGAUGAAGUAUUCAACGAAAUACUUGGCAUUAGGAAGGAAGAUGAAAUGGGAUAUCAGGCAAACGGGAAUGCAGUUAGCGAUAAAGAGGAGAGAUUGUCUGAACAGGAGAAGCAUGAGGAUGAAUUCAACGAAAAAGAACUUGAUAUUGGCGACAUCGAAACACUUCUCUAUCGCAAACAGCAUCAAUCCCUCAAGUAUAAUCCUUCCGUGUAAAAACUUCUGAUUAACAUGGAUUACUGAGGUAGAAGGAUUACCAUACCUCGGUUAACAUUAACUGUGUGUAAACGCCUAGAGUGAAGGCAUAUAACCCGUGAAAUAAAAAAGUGCUAGCUAACGUGUAAUAGUCAAAUAGACACAAAAGAAAACAAUGGAAUUAGGGUCUACUAAAGUGUAUUAGUCUAACAUCUAUUGCACAGGUUUAAUGACUUCACUCUACCAAAACUAUUAGUAUAUACCAUACAAGACAAUAGAAAGUUUCCCACGGUAAACUCAGGCUCAUAGUUAAGAACAGUAAAUCCUGGUUCAGCUUCGCAAUCGAAAGCAACAUAAGCAGACCUAGUAUUUCAUUUAUUAUUAACCUAGGUGUGAAAAAAAG